AUGGAUUUAGACACAGACGUGCCCAUGGAGGACGCCGUCGAGGACGUGCAGCUCACAAAAGACGCGGCGCUAAGUAAAAAGCCCGACGUGAGCAUCUCGUCCAUCAACCAGUUAGACCAAUGGAUCGAGAAGUUGACCCAGUGCGAGCCGUUGUCCGAGGCAGACGUCAAGCGCUUGUGCGAAAUGGCCAUCGACGUCUUGCAAUUCGAGGAGAACGUGCAGCCGGUGCAGGUGCCCGUGACGAUCUGUGGAGACGUGCACGGGCAGUUCCACGAUUUGAUGGAGUUGUUUAAAAUCGGCGGGCCGUGCCCGGACACCAACUACUUGUUCAUGGGCGACUACGUUGACCGUGGUUACUAUUCCGUCGAGACCGUGUCGUAUUUGGUGUGCAUGAAGGUGCGCUACCCCAACCGAAUCACCAUCUUGAGAGGCAACCACGAGUCGCGCCAGAUCACACAGGUGUACGGUUUCUACGACGAGUGCUUGCGCAAAUACGGCUCGGCCGCGGUGUGGAAGUUGUUCACGGACUUGUUCGACUACUUUCCCAUCACGGCUCUUGUGGACAACAAAGUGUUCUGUUUGCACGGAGGCUUGUCGCCCAUGAUCGAGACCAUCGACCAGGUGCGUGAGUUGAACCGAAUCCAGGAGGUGCCGCACGAGGGCCCCAUGUGCGACUUGUUGUGGUCGGACCCGGACGACCGCGGCGGCUGGGGUAUCUCUCCAAGAGGAGCUGGUUUCACUUUUGGCCAGGAUAUCUCCGAGCAGUUCAACCACACCAACGAUUUGAGCCUCAUUGCCCGUGCGCACCAGUUGGUCAUGGAGGGCUUCUCGUGGUCGCACCAGGAGAGCGUGGUGACGAUCUUCAGUGCGCCCAACUACUGCUACAGAUGCGGCAACCAGGCGGCGAUCAUGGAGGUUGACGAGAACCAUCAGAGACAGUUUUUGCAGUACGACCCGUCUGUGAGACCGGGCGAGCCGACGGUGACGCGGAAGACCCCUGACUACUUCUUAUGA